AUGCUGACCAGCCGUAUCUUUUCACGAGCACGUCCCUUCAUUUCACGGACAUGGGCCAUUCAAUCACGACAAUUGGCUCACAAGACACGUGUUGUCGAACGCGAACUGCCUCCAGCAGCACCUAAAUCACGUAAACCAUGGCUUAUUGGUGGAGCGAUCGUUGGUACAGCAGUCUGGAUCGUUGGCUUGUCAACAGCAUUGAAUUAUCAGAGACUCUCCAGCAGUGUUGUCACAGGCACAUUGUUCAUGGUGCGUUAUGACCCUCGUGUGAUUGAGCUUCUUGGUCCUCAAAUCGACUAUGCCGACAACUGGCCUUGGAUUACCGGUACUGUCAACCACUUUAAGGGCAAGGUUGCUAUUGCCUUUGAUAUCAGUAGCAACAAUGGUGAACGUGGACGAGUACGCUUUUCAUCAUUGCGUAGAGGACAGGAUUGGACCACGGUCGAGUUUACAGUGAUGCGUGAGAGUGAUGGCAAGACAAUUGAUUUGGGCCGCGAAUUUGAAUUGACCGAGAAAGGUGCACCAUCGAUAUCAUAA